GUUAGGCAGACCUGUUCGAGCUUUCAACAACUCCAGCUUAACUACGGAAUGGUGUUUAAUUGUACAGAGAUCGAUGACAUACUGGAGAGGUUCUACCUGUCACCAUUUUAUGGACUUGAGUUCUGUAUCGGGUUUCCUGGGAAUCUUAUGGCCAUACUUGGCUAUCUAUUUUGUCUGCCCAAGUGGCGUAGCUGCAAUGUUUACCUCUUCAACCUGGCAAUCUCUGACCUCAUCUUCCUUUGCACGCUGCCCCGGCUCUCCUUUCUCUACGCCAACCAACAGAAGGAGACCAGCUACUACGCUUGCAUCAUCAACCGUUACGUCCUGCAUGUCAACCUCUACUCAUCCAUUCUGUUUAUGGUCUGGCUGAGCAUGGAUCGCUUUUUGCUGAUCCGACACCCUGCACGGAACCACUUUCUGCUGAAUCCCCGGGUGGCGCUGGUUGUGACUGGGUUAAGCUGGCUCGCCGUCAAUGCAGAGGUGAUCCCCAUGAUAGCGUUGAUGCUGCAGGACCUGCAGAGUGGAAACUGGAGUCGCUGCAAUGACUUUGCCAGCCUCCAGGGUGAUGUCAGCCUUUUGGGGUACAGCAUGGGGCUCACCUUAACCGGCUACAUUCUACCUCUGCUUGGUCUCUGUGGUUUCUCCCAAAGGAUCGCGCUGCUAUUGCGGACACAAGAAGCAGCAUUUCAUCGCAGGACGACACAGUACAAGCGUGCUCUCAGGGUUGUAGCUUCGGCGUCAGCCAUGUUUCUGGUUUUGUACACGCCGUACCACGUGAUGAGAAAUGUUAGGAUAGCAUCCCGCCAGGCCUGGGCAGGUGUACACCUAUGUACAAGGAUGUACAUAGAGGGCCUCUACAUCUUGACCCGACCGUUGGCCUUCUUGCAUAGCGUCAUUAACCCAGUAUUCUACUUCCUCAUGGGGGACAAGUUCAGAAAGUUCCUACUUGCAAAGUUUAGAAAGCUGGCAGGAAAGAAAGUGCAGUCAAGAGAGCCUGCGUGAAGUGAAUUGAUUUCUCAAAGUCUGUUUGUUUCCCCUUUAUUUUGUGUAUAAAACUCUAAAGUGGCACAAAACAGUUUAAACUACUGACCUCAAUGACGUCAAGGAAGACAUUAGCAUAUCAUUAGACCUAAGCAGAUCUAAGCAGCUAUGUAAAAAAAAAAAUUCGGCUUUUUGUACAAUGGAUCUUCCAUCCUUCAUGACAUCAGUUGCGCAAGACCUCAGACCUAAUGCCAAGAAAGCUUUACUCAAGAGUGUGUCAUAACUGUUUAGUUUUUUUCUUUUGAAAAAACUCCAAAAGAAGGCACAUAUUUAAAUGGAAAUGUUGAGAAUGUAAUCAAAGAAGAUACUGAAGUAAGGCACAUAUUUAAAAGGAAAUGUUGAGAAUGUAAUCAAAGAAGAUACAGAAGUAAGGUGACGCACAUAAGACCUUUCUCUCAGUGUUCGCGAAAAGGCCAAGUGCUUUUCAAUUUUUACGUUUCACAGUGUUUGAAUUUGUUGUGACCCCAUUAACAUUAAGUCAUUUGGAGACAGGUUCACAGUGUUUUUAAAAUGUUACUUUAAAUAUUGUCUGUGUGGUUUAUAAAGGUAUGAAAA